UCAGCCCAUAGCGGCACUAAACCAAACUGACCUUCCUCUCGCGGCCUCGUCGCUCGUCCUGGAGACAGACGAGGACCUUGGAUGUUUUGCAUUUGAUCGGCUGCGUUUGUUUUAUUGUACAUACACACAGCCAUGUCCACACUGGACGUCCCCCAGCUGCAGGAGCUGAAGGUGGAUGAGAUCAAUGUGUCCUCUGCCGUGCUGAAGGCUGCUGCCCACCAUUAUGGCUCCCAGUGUGACAAAGCCAACAAGGAGUUCAUGCUGUGCCGCUGGGAGGAGAAGGACCCUAGGAAGUGUCUAGAAGAAGGGAGGAAAGUCAACGAGUGUGCACUCAACUUCUUCAGGCAAAUCAAGGGGAACUGUGCCGAGUCCUUCACAGAGUACUGGACCUGUCUGGAUUAUUCAAACCUGGCGGAACUGCGGCGGUGCCGUCAGCAGCAGCAAGCCUUUGACAGCUGCGUCCUCGAUAAGCUGGGGUGGCAGAGACCCGAGCUGGGAGAACUGUCUAAGGUGACCAAAGUGGCGACCGAGCGCGCCCUCCCUGAGAACCCCUACCACUCUAGACCACGUCCCGAGUCCAACCCAGCCAUUGAGGGAAAACUGGAGCCUUCCAAAUAUGGCAGUAGGUUAUUCUUCUGGAGCUGGUGAGGCAGCGCCCAAAAGUCAGCCACCUUCCCAAGACACGGGCUCUGUCCAAAAUCAUCUCGACUACGUGUGACCAGUGAUGCAUCGGCAACACUUCAGAAGGAAUAGGGAUGCUGGUUUUGGCACAUUUUUCCAUGUGGUUUUGGACAGGGCUUGUGUCCUAACGGUCUCCUGCAUCGUCAAACAGUUUGAAGGAAGGAAAAUGGAUGAUUGUGUAAACAAAGUCCAUAAAUACACCUUUCCUGACCACUUCUGUAAAUGUAAUGAGUGAACAAAUGCAACACGCUGUUAUUGUUGUCCAAUAAUAAAAAAUAUAUUAUCA